GUUGCGGUGUGAAAAAUCGACAAACAAGUCACAAUACGGUGGAUAAUGUCAAUUGUUACAUAAACAAGGGUCUUGAAUUGAAUUUACGCGAUUUUUUUUUCAGGUGGUGGGUGUUUGUGCGUGUAUGUGUGUAGAGAGUUUUUUUUUUUGUGUGUAAGGGAUUUUUUUUGAUUAGGAGAAACAAGACGUUUAUGAGGUUGUUACCGAUGGCCCAGCAUAUCUUAUCGGCAGUGGAAACCGACAUCAGUUCUAUCAAAGAUAAAUGCCAGGAGCACCAGGAGAGGGAUAUAUCAGUCGUAUUGGAUGAUCGGGAGCUUUGGGUGCGAUUUCAGUGUUUCACCAAUGAAAUGAUCGUCACUAAAAGUGGAAGGCGUAUGUUUCCCGUUGUGAAAGUAUCGGCCAACGGUUUGGACCCCAAGGCGAUGUACACGGUCCUAUUGGAGUUCGUUCAAAUUGACCCUCACAGGUGGAAGUACGUGAACGGAGAAUGGGUGCCGGGGGGUAAGGCCGAGGUACCACCCUCGAAUCCGGUUUACGUGCACCCGGAGAGUCCGAAUUUUGGGGCGCACUGGAUGAAGGAACCCAUCUCCUUCGCCAAGGUUAAGCUUACCAACAAGACGAAUGGAAACGGACAAAUAAUGCUAAACUCUCUACACAAAUACGAACCCAGGGUGCAUCUAGUCAAAGUGGGAACCGAAGCGAGAAGGAUCAUGACGUUCCCGUUUCCCGAGACCCAGUUUAUAGCGGUGACUGCGUACCAGAACGAGGAAGUGACAUCGUUGAAAAUAAAAUACAACCCGUUUGCCAAAGCCUUUUUAGAUGCUAAAGAAAGGCCGGAGAACGUUUAUCAAAGAGGCGACUAUUCGCCUACGUACAGUCAGCCACAAUGUAACUAUGGUUCUUGGUUUAUUCCGCACCAACCGAUUUACGCAACCCCCGGUCAAAUGUCCCCCUGUCAGUACCGAUCUAGUCCCAAGUUAAUAAGGCAGAAAUCCGCCCCGUAUUUAUUAAACAGGCAAAAGUCUGCCUCGCCCGUUUCACCGCCACCGAAUGUCUACAACCCCCCAGAACACAUCCAGCAACAACAAAUCUACAGCUCACCAAGCUCCGCCUACUCCAGCUGGUCCUCGAUGCCCACCAUGCAAGCGCACUCGGCCACCACUCUCAUCUCGCCGGUAAACUGUUGGUCGACCACAUCCAGCCCCCCACCACAUCAGGGCACCCCCAACCAAUCACCCACUCAUCAAAUCUACAGUCAACAUUCCCCACCGUCAGUGACCACCAUCACGAAUCUCUCUUAUCACGGCGGAUACUAUCCACAAGAGAUACCGAGUUAUCACAGUGCGGAGUAUUUGGUCGGUCCGGUGAUGAACCAGGAAGUGACUUAUACUCAAUUGGGGAGCGGUGGUGAUAGAGGUACUCCGGUUAUAUAUAAGAAUGAGCAGAGUUUGACUGCGAUUGGGGAGUAUAGCAAGGGUGAGCAAGCGGAAGUUGCAUCGAGUACUGAGUACUCGAAUACUCAUUUACAACACUGAGUUAUGGGAAGUUAAUUAAAAAAGAAGCUGCCCCAACUAUAAACUUGUUUUAUAUAACUUAAUUAAUAGAUUGUGUAUGUGUAAAUUAUUAUUAGAGGAUAUUAAAAAUAAAUUUGGAAUUACU